GGGAGGGAAGCGCCGGGAUCCCCCGGUCCCCAUCCCGGUGCCGAUCCCCAUCCCCAUUUCCCCGAUCCCUGUCCCCUUCCCCCGUCCCGGCACCAUGGAUUGUUACACGGCCAACUGGUACCCGCUGGGCGAGGAGGCCUUUUACCGGAAGCUGGAACUGUACUCCAUGGAAUGGGGGCUGCGGGAGGACCUGCGGGACUGUGUGGUGGCCGCUGCCCCGUACGGGGGGCCCAUAGCCCUGCUGAGGAAUUCCCGGAGGGACAAGGCCCCCAGCUCCCGCCCGCUCCUGGAGAUCUACUCGGCCUCGGGGCUGCUCCUGGCCAGUGUCCCGUGGAAGAGCGGCCGCCUGGUGCACCUGGGCUGGACGGCGGGGGAGGACCUGCUGUGCAUCCAGGAGGACGGGACUGUGCUGGUCUACAACCUGUUCUGCGAGUUCAAACGGCACUUCAGCAUGGGAAAUGAGGUGCUGCAGAACCACGUGCUGGAGGCGCAGGUUUUCCACACGCCUGUGCCCCCUGUCACACGCUGUCCCCCAGGGCUGCAGCAGCCCCCAGCGUGCUGGGCUGUGCUGUCCCAGGACAGGGUGACCGUGGUGCUCCUGGCCGUGGGACCGGAGCUCUUCCUGCUGGACAACACCUCCUGCUCCAGUGUGACUCCCCCUGGGCUGAGCCCCUCGGCAGGGCCGUUCCUGCACAUGGCUGUGUCCUUCAACCACCGGCUCCUCGCCCUGUUCUGCGACUCUGGGUACAUCUGGAUGGGCCUGGCCACGCUCAAGGAGAAGCUCUGCGAGUUCAACAGCACCGUCCGCUCCCCCCCCAAGCAGAUGGUUUGGUGCACGCGGCCCCGCAGCCGGCAGCGAGCCGUGGUGGUGGCCUGGGAGCGGCAGCUCAUGGUGGUGGGGAAUUCCUCGGAGUGCAUCCGCUUUGUCCUGGAUGAGGAUUCCCACCUGGUGCCCGAGCUGGACGGGGUCCGGAUCCUGUCCCGCACCUCCCACGAGUUCCUGCACGAGAUACCAGAGGCCAGCCAGGAAAUCUUCCGGAUUGCCUCCAUGGCCCCGGGGGCUCUGCUGCUGGAGGCACAGAAGGAGUACGAGAAGGAGAGCCAGAAGGCCGACGAGUACCUGCGGGAGAUCCGGGAGCAGCAGCUGCUCCCCGAGGCCGUGGGCCAGUGCAUCGAGGCCGCGGGCUACGAGCACGAACCCCACACCCAGAAAUCGCUGCUGAGGGCAGCUUCCUUCGGGAAGUGCUUCCUGGACAAGUUCCCCCCGGAGAGCUUCGUGCGGAUGUGCCAGGACCUGCGGGUCCUCAACGCCAUCCGGGACUACCAGAUCGGCAUCCCACUCACCUUCACCCAAUACAAACAACUCACCAUCGAGGUCCUGCUGGACAGGUGAGGGACCCC